AUGGCGGCGUUGAGCAGCGCCGAGUCCCCACCGCCCGUCUUUAACGGAGACACUUCGGAUCGGAAGCCGGGCGGGGAUAGGGGCCUCGAGGAGCUCGGCGCCGCGCUGGAGCCCUCCUGCUCGGCGGGGAUCCCCGGAGGUCCGCAAGAUGAGGAGAUCUGGAACAUCAAACAGAUGAUCAAGUUGACACAAGAACACUUAGAAGCUCUUCUGGACAAGUUUGGAGGAGAGCACAAUCCUCCCUCCAUAUAUCUUGAGGCCUAUGAGGAGUACACCAGUAAGCUGGACGCGCUGCAGCAGAGGGAGCAGCAGCUGCUGGAGGCCACGGGCAACGGCACGGACCUCUCUUGCUCGCCGACUCCUGUGCCGUCCCUCCUGGAGGUCAAGAUAGGGGGGUGUGCGGCGGGCGGGGCGCAGCCUUUCCACUCGGCGCCCAAUACCCUGGCGGUCCUCCAGAAACCGACGGACGUCAGCCGGAGCAACCCACGCUCCCCGCAGAAGCCCAUCGUCCGGGUCUUCCUACCGAAUAAACAGAGAACCGUGGUCCCCGCCCGGUGUGGGACAACUGUGCGAGACUCGCUCAAGAAGGCUCUAAUGAUGCGAGGACUCAUCCCUGAAUGCUGCGGUGUCUACAGGAUACAGGAUGGAGAGAAAAAGCCGAUUGGUUGGGACACGGAUAUCUCUUGGCUGACUGGGGAAGAAUUACAUGUGGAAGUCUUGGAAAAUGUGCCACUCACCACACACAACUUUGUGAGAAAAACCUUCUUCACGCUGGCGUUCUGCGACUUCUGCAGAAAGCUGCUUUUCCAGGGCUUCCGCUGUCAGACGUGUGGCUACAAGUUUCACCAGCGCUGUAGUACCGAAGUCCCCCUAAUGUGUGUCAAUUACGACCAGCUGGACUUGCUGUUUGUGGCAAAGUUCUUUGAGCAUCGCCCUUUAUCCCAAGAGGUCUCCUCCGAGGGGACCACCCCCGUCUCCGAAGCUUGCCCGUCGCUCCCCCCGUCCGACUCCACAGGGUCUCUAAGUCACGCCACUCUGUCGCCGUCCAAGUCCAUACCCAUUCCGCCUAGUUUCCGGCCCAGCGAGGAAGACCACCGCAACCAGUUUGGCCAGCGGGACCGGUCGUCCUCUGCUCCUAACGUCCAUAUCAACACCAUCGAGCCUGUCAACAUUGAUGAUCUGAUUCGGGAUCAGGGAUUAGUGAGGUCAGAAGGCGCCCCCCCGAACCACCCUGCCCGCUGCUUGAGGAAGCACCGAACACGGACCUCAAGCCCCCUCCUAUACUCCUACCCCAAUGACAUAGUGUUUGAUUUUGAACCCGAGCCUGUGUUCCGAGGGUCCACCACAGGACUAUCGGCCACUCCCCCCGCCUCGCUCCCCGGCUCCCUGACUAACGUCAAGGUACCCCAGAAGUCGCCGUGCCCGCAGAGGGAGCGCAAGUCAUCGUCCUCGUCCGAGGACCGCAAUAAGAUGAAAACGCUGGGGAGGAGGGACUCCAGCGAUGACUGGGAAAUCCCUGAAGGUCAGAUUACUUUGGGUCAAAGGAUAGGUUCUGGUUCCUUCGGGACCGUCUUCAAAGGAAAAUGGCAUGGGGACGUGGCGGUGAAGAUGUUGAACGUCACCGCCCCAACACCUCAGCAGCUUCAGGCCUUCAAGAACGAAGUAGGAGUCCUCAGGAAAACGCGUCACGUCAACAUCCUGCUAUUCAUGGGCUACACCACCAAGCCUCAACUGGCCAUUGUGACGCAGUGGUGCGAAGGCUCCAGCCUGUACCACCACCUUCACAUCAUCGAGACCAAGUUUGAAAUGAUCAAGCUCAUUGACAUCGCGAGGCAGACUGCUCAGGGCAUGGAUUACCUGCACGCCAAGUCUAUUAUCCACCGUGAUCUGAAGAGCAACAAUAUUUUCCUCCAUGAAGAUCUAACGGUGAAGAUUGGUGACUUUGGCCUGGCCACGGUCAAGUCCCGGUGGAGUGGCUCACACCAGUUUGAACAGUUGUCUGGCUCCAUACUGUGGAUGGCUCCGGAGGUGAUCCGGCUGCAGGACAAGAAUCCCUACAGCUUCCAGUCCGAUGUCUACGCCUUUGGCAUUGUGCUGUACGAACUCAUGUCAGGAGCGCUGCCAUACUCCAACAUCAACAACAGAGACCAGAUUAUAUUCAUGGUGGGGCGAGGUUACCUGUCCCCCGACCUCAGUAAGGUGCGUAGCAACUGCCCAAAGGCUAUGAAGAGGCUCAUGGCUGACUGCUUAAAGAAAAAGCGAGAGGAGCGACCACUCUUCCCUCAGAUCUUGGCGUCUAUUGAACUGCUGGCUCGUUCGUUACCCAAAAUCCACCGCAGCGCCUCUGAGCCGUCGUUAAACCGAGCGGGUUUUCAGACAGAGGACUUUAGUUUAUAUGCCUGCGCCUCGCCCAAAACACCCAUCCAGGCGGGAGGCUACGGGGAGUUUUCAGCAUUCAAGUAA